GGACACGUUGCGACCGCACGGCGCGUCCGCAUAAAGUCGUUCAUAGCAGAACACACACACACCCUUUCACCUUCUGUUUCUUCUUUUUCUUCUUCUUCAAUUUCAAUAACUCCAAACACAUAAGCCGUUCCAAAACGCUGCGUUUUACUUACAAUAUUCCCAAUUACCAUUCGCCCCUAAUCUGAUCACACCUUUUCUUUUUCUUUUUCCGGCGCCACUAUGGCAAUCGCCGGCGGCGCCCACACGCCGCGCUCCGAAGCUAACCUCUUCAGGUUCUGCCCCUUCUGGAGCUCCGGCAACGCUUCUUCUUCUUCUUCUCUAUCUUCUUCAGCUCACAACAACCAUAACCACCGCUCCGAAGGGAACAACACUGCUACUUCUGCUUCUGCGUCUUCUUCUUCUUCUUCUUCUUCUUCUGCCAAAACAGUGUCGGCGGUGGCGAGGUCGCUGUUCCCUCCACGUCGAAGGCUCCGUCUCGAUCCUUCAAGCUGCCUCUACUUUCCAUAUGAACCGGGGAAACAGGUUAGGAGUGCGGUUCGUUUGAAAAACACAAGCAAGUCGUAUGUUGCUUUCAAGUUUCAAACUACGGCACCAAAGAGUUGUUACAUGAGGCCUCCUGGUGGUAUUAUUGCUCCUGGUGAAAGCUUGAUUGCAACCGUGUUUAAGUUUGUGGAGCAACCUGAGAACAAUGAAAAGAUGUCAGACCAGAAGAACAAGGUGAAGUUCAAAAUCAUGAGUCUCAAAGUGAAAGAAGGAGUGGACUACGUACCUGAGCUGUUUGACGAACAAAAGGAUCUAGUCUCAGUGGAACGAAUCUUGAAGGUUGUAUUUAUUGAUCCAGAAAGGCCUAGUCCUGCUUUGGAAAAACUGAAGAGACAGCUUAAUGAAGCUGAUACUGCAGUUGAGGCUCGAAAGAAGCCGCCUCCUGCGGAGGCAGGUCCUCGUGUUGUAGCUGAAGGACUUGUAAUUGAUGAAUGGAAAGAAAGAAGGGAGAGGUACUUGGCCAGGCAACAAGUUCAAGCAGUAGAUUCAGUGUGAAAAGCAAUUUGUUCUUCCAGUUAGUGUUUUUGCUCAGAGGAAGAUGCCUGGUUGCUAUGAUAUAGGAUGAUUCAUUAUAUUAUAAUUGGAAUAGGUUGUGAAAAUAUUUGGCUUUUUUUGGAGGAGCAUUCCGAGGUGUACAUAGUAGAGUUUGCUUGUUUGUUAAAUAAAUAUAAGUCUCACUCACUUCCAUCUUCUUGUGAAAUGAUGAUCGUUGUUUAAAUAAUGGAUUAUUCAUGAACAUAUCAUUCUUUCGUUGUGCUUCUAUGUUAUGAUGAAAACAUAAACAAGUACACUCACCUCUGUAAUAUCUGCAUCAAAUGAAAUUCUCACUUGUGCA